AUAAUGUAUUAAAAGAUGUCUACGAUUUUCACGACUAGAACUAAUUUUUCCCUAAAUUUUUCUCCUUCUCCACAAAAAUUUAUGGUACCCUAGGGAUAAUUCCGUUCCAUAGAUUGUUAUUUCAACACUAUAUGGAAAUCCGUUUUUUUCCUACGUAUGUAGGUAACUAGGUGGUAGACAAAUGCUAGAUCAUGCGGAUACAAAUCCAGACGCGCAAGCUAAAAAGUUUCGUCCUCCCAGUCCCAUGGUAGGCGAUCCACUUUCUAGUUUCACAAUGAGCGACGGAGCAGUGCGGUCACCGACGAGCAGGUGAUGCGGUGUUGCCGCAAGCGAGCAUAGUGGUGUCAGCGAGGCCACGCAGGCAACAACCCCACCUUGGGCUCCUGCUUCCUGGUGGUGUCCACGGUCCACUGCUCGUCGGCUCCAACACGUCCAUUGACCAUUGACCCGACCCCGAGCUCACGAGACACGCACCAACCACCCACCGCGCGCUCGCGUCGCGAUCCAACAACCCGCCGCGCCGCCUCCCCAGAACCCCCAGCCAUGGCGUCGGCCGCCGCCGCCGCCCCCGGCGUGCGCGUGGUCGGCGGGUGGGCGAGCCCGUUCGUGAUGCGCGUGUGCGUCGCGCUCAGGCUCAAGGGCGUCGCCUACGAGUUCCUGCAGGAGGAGCUGGGCAAGAAGAGCGGCCUGCUCCUCGCGUCCAACCCCGUGCACAAGAAGAUGCCCGUGCUCCUCCACGGCGGCCGCCCCGUCUGCGAGUCCCUCGUCAUCGUGCAGUACGUCGACGAGGCCUUCGCCGCCGCCGGGCCGCGGAUCCUCCCCGCCGACCCCUACGACCGCGCCGUCCACCGCUUCUGGGCCGAGUACGCCGACACCAAGCUCCCGGCGGCGCUCCGGACACUGAGGGGCAUGAUCGACGGCGACAAGGCCGAGGCGGCGGAGCAGGUGGCCUCGGCUCUCGGGCAGCUCGGGGAGGCCUUCGCGGCGUGCAGCAAGGGGCGGCGCUUCUUCGCCAGCGACGACGUCGGGUUCUUGGACAUCGUCCUCGGGUCGUACGUCGGGUGGUUCCGGGCGGCGGAGCAGAUCAUCGGGCAGCCGGUCCUCGACGAGGCCAGGACGCCGCGGCUGGCGGCGUGGGCGCCGCGGUUCUGCGCCCACGAGGCCGUCAGGGACGUGAUGCCCGACGCCGGCAGCCUCGUCGAGUUCGGCGAGGCGCUCCGCGCGGGGCCGGCGGUCAGUGCUUCACGGCCGUAACGGCGACGCGGCGAGGCCUUGGCCGGGAACGUUUUGCUGCUUUUAUUUCCAGCCUUGGUUGCUAUGCCAAUUGCCAUCUCCGAAUAAAGGGCUAUUUGAAUCCA